AUGAAGCUGUGGAUUUUUAUUCUACAUUCACUUGUGAUUGCAUCUGAUCCUUUCCAGUCACAGUCUUCUUUUUCCUCAGUCGGAGGAUCUUGUCAGAGUUUGUGUUCCUGUGAAGAAAAGGAUGAUACCAUGAUUAUAAACUGUGAAGAAAGAGGUAUCAAGCUGAUAUCAGAAAUAAAUGUCCCACCAUCACGGCCUUUCCAUCUGAAUCUGCUAAACAAUGGUUUGACUAUGUUACAUGUGAAUGAUUUUGCUGGCCUUGUUAAUGCUAUCUCUCUACAUCUUGGUUUUAAUAAUAUUGCAGAUAUCGAUCCUGGAGCUUUCAAUGGUCUCAGCCUUCUUAAGCAACUUCAUAUCAAUCACAAUUCUUUAGAAACACUUAAAGAAGAUACGUUUAAUGGAUUGGAAAAUUUGGAGUUUCUUCAAGCAGAUAACAAUUUCAUAACAGUGAUUGAAGCAAGUGCCUUUAGCAAGCUCAACAGGCUUAAAGUGCUUAUUUUGAAUGAUAAUGCCAUUGAGUAUCUUCCUCCGAACAUAUUUCGUUUUGUGCCCCUGACCCAUUUAGAUCUUCGUGGAAACCAGUUACAGACAUUGCCUUAUGUCGGCUUUUUGGAACACAUUGGUAGAAUAUUAGACCUUCAGUUGGAAGACAAUAAAUGGGCCUGCAACUGUGAUUUGCUGCAGCUGAAAAUAUGGCUAGAAAACAUGCCUCCUCAGUCAAUAAUAGGUGAUGUUGUAUGCAAUAGUCCUCCAGUUAUCAAAGGCAGCAUCUUAAGUCGGUUGAAAGAAGAAUCACUUUGUCCCACUCAUCCUGUCAAUGAACUUGAAGAUCCUUCAGGGUCUUUGCCCUUGGUUGUAACGACCUCUGUCAGUGAAAGUCACCUAUCAACUAAAGUGAUUCCUAUCCUGAAAGCUCCAACUAAAGAACCAAGUUUAGUGCUUCAUACUUCAAAGCCUAGUACUCAGUUUCCAGGAAUCUAUUGUCCCAUCCCCUGUCACUGCACCAGCUAUAUGCUCUCAGGAGUUCUCAUGCACUGCCAGGAGCGAAACAUUGAAAGCUUGUCUGAUUUAGGACCCCCUCCUCCAAAUCCUAAAAAGCUUAUUCUAGCUGGAAACAUUAUUCAGACAUUACUGAAAUCAGAUCUUGUGGACUAUGCCACCUUGGAAAUGCUUCACCUGGGGAACAAUCGUAUUGAAAUCCUUGAGGAAGGAUCCUUUAUGAAUCUGACUAGACUGCAGAAAUUAUAUCUCAAUGGUAAUCAUCUUACAAAGAUAAGUCAUAAUCUCUUUCUUGGUCUUCAGCACCUUGAAUACUUGUACCUUGAAUAUAAUGCCAUCAAAGAGGUUUUGCCAGGAACGUUUAGUGCAAUGCCAAAACUUAAGGUCCUUUACUUAAAUAACAACCUUCUGCAGACUUUGCCACCACAUAUUUUUUCAGGUGUUCCACUUGCCAGAUUAAAUCUGAAAACAAAUCAAUUUGCUCAUUUGCCUGUGAGCAAUAUCUUGGAUGAACUGCAUAUGCUGGUACAAAUUGAACUUGAAGACAACCCCUGGGACUGUACCUGUGAUUCAGUUGGGCUGCAAAAAUGGAUACAAAAACUGAGUAAGAAUACAAUGAUGGGUGAUAUUUUUUGCAAAUCUCCAGGACACCUAGCAAAAAGAGAACUGAAAUCCCUUAACAGUGAAGUCUUGUGUCCAGGUUUAAUAAACAGCCCUGCCCUACCAACUCGUGCCAGUUUUGUAGUUGUGACAACUUCUACUACUGCUACUACCAACACUGCAGACACCAUCCUGUGGUCCCUUACAGAUGCUGUCCCUCUUUCAGUUCUAAUAUUAGGACUUUUAAUUGUGUUUAUAACUAUUGUAUUUUGUGCUGCAGGAAUAGUUGUUCUUGUUCUGCAUCGAAGGAGAAGAUGCAAAAAGAAACAAGCGGAUGAACAAAUGAGAGAUAAUAGCCCAGUUCACCUUCAGUACAGCAUGUAUGGGCGUAAGACAACGCACCACACAACAGAGCGCCCAGCUGCAGGUCUCUAUGAGCAACAUAUAGUUACUCCCAUGGUUCAGGUCUACCGCAGCCCAUCCUUCAGCCCCAAGCAUACUGAACAACAGGAGGAGGGAAGCGAGAAGGAAGCUAAUGAUUCGACACAUCUCUGCCGAAGUCUCUUGGAAAGAGAGAACAGUUCACCUCUUACAGGUUCAAAUGUCAAAUAUAAAGCUACAGAUCAGUCUGCUGAAUUUCUGUCUUUUCAGGAUGCCAGCUGCUUCUAUAGAAACAUCUUUGAAAAAGAGAGAGAACUGCAGCAACUGGGGAUCACGGAAUACCUAAGAAAAAAUAUUGUCCAGCUCCAACCUGAAGUGGAAGUUCGUUAUCCUGGAACACAUGAGGAGCUGAAGCUGAUGGAGACACUCAUGUAUUCCAGGCCAAGAAAGGUUUUUCUGGAACAAACUAAAAAUGAGUAUUUUGAACUCAAAGCUAAUUUACAAGCUGAGCCUGACUACCUGGAAGUCUUGGAGCAGCAAACAUGA